AUGGAUGGCCCCAUUCAUCUAAAAGACAUCAUCCCUGCCGCCCAGAACAACAUAAACACGACGUUCAUAUUGCUGGAGAAGAGCAGGGUGAAGAAGAACAGAGGGGGAAGCAGGUCGUGCAUGGCGCUGGUAGCCGAUGAGACCGCGGCCGUGCACUUCGAGCUGUGGGGCGAGGAUUGCGAUGCUUUCGAGGAGGGAGACAUUGUUCGAUUGGAGAAGGGGAUUUUCUCCAACAGCGGCGACUACAACACGAUGAUGGUUUUGAGGGCAGGGAGGAGAGGGAGCAUAAAAAAGAUCGGGGAAUUCACAAUGGCGUUUGUGGAGACGCCCAAUAUGAGUGAAAUCCAAUGGGUUGUCGAUCCCAACAAUCCCAAGAAGUACAUCCGGGUGGAAGCUGCCGUUCUUUCUCCCCAUUCCUGA